CCGGGAACCCGGAAGUGUCCAUGCUGGUCAUGGCGGGCUGUAUUGGGGACCCCUGUGGGCUGCUGUGUAUUCUGCUGACUUACCUCAGCUUGGGCUAUGCGGACUAUGUCAUCCUCAGGCAUAUCCUGCUGGCAUCCUACGCAGAGAGUUUCUGGUGUCCUCUUCAUGCUGCUGGAUUCAACGUGGUAGUGUUUAUGCUGCUGGCAUGCCACACUAGAGCUGUGUUCUCUGAUCCAGGCACUGUCCCAUUACCAGAUACAGCCAUUGAUUUCUCAGACCUCCGUUCUAACACGCCACGCAAAAGUGACAGGGGAAAUGAGGACUGGACAGUGUGUAACCGCUGCGAGACGUACCGACCCCCUCGUGCACACCAUUGUCGAAUUUGCCACCGCUGCAUUCGGCGUAUGGAUCACCACUGUCCCUGGAUUAAUAACUGUGUAGGGGAGCUGAACCAGAAAUACUUCAUCCAGUUCCUCUUUUACACUGGACUGGCAAGUCUCUACGCUAUGGGCUUAGUCAUUGUCACAUGGCUGUGGCCCCCAAAGAGAUCAACAGUGGAUGAAUCAGACAAGGAAGCUGUGCAUCUUAACCACGUGCAGCUAGCCCACUGCAUCCUCCUACUCAUAGAAUCUGCCCUCUUCGGCCUUUUCGUCACCGUUAUUUUUUAUGAUCAGAUUGUGUCUAUCAUUAAUGAUGAGACUCCCAUCGAGCAGCUGAGGAAUCGACUCUUAAAAGAAGCACGUAAAGAGGUCACUCACACUCGCAAACCGAAGAUGGCUCUGCUCCGGGAAGUGUUUGGCAGAGGUUAUGCCAUCUGCUGGUUUUUCCCAUGUAACAGUCCCCCAACUUCAGGAGGUCCAGCUUACAGCUACCUUCCCGACUAUGAUGUUUGACAGCCUGGAGUUAUUUUUUCCCCUACAACUGUCUACAUUCUACUUUUAAACUACAGGUCAAAGAAGGGAGACGAUGACCCAGUGUUAUCAGAACAUUCUAUUUCCCAACUUUCUCCUCUUUCUACUGGUAUGGUAUCUGCAAACAUUCUGCUGCUGGAAACACUUGGAUUUUGCAGUUUAUCCUUUUCUUGUUUUUGUUUUUAAAUAUUUUAACCACUUGGUAUUGUCCUCACCUCUCUCUUGCUGAUAUUGUCCUAUGCUCUGCAUGAUGGACCUGUCUGCUCGUGGUGAGUCUUUGUUUUCAUGACGGUGAAUAUAUAGUCCAUCAGAAGACUUUACUGAGCUGCUUCUUGAUAUGAUUUGUUGCACUGUAAUUGGGUCCCUAUUUCUGACUCCACAUAUUUCAAGAGACCUCACUAAUAUCAUCCAUAACUGAAUGAAAAGCACCUAGCCUGGGAAAUGGCGGUUUGGCAAGGAGUUAGGCCAACCACUGCUGUUUUAGGCACAUGGUAUAGAGGUGGCAUUAAUCUCCCACUACACAAUACUAUGACGGCAUUACGUGGUAAAUAUAUCUCUAAAGACUACUACAUGUUUGAGUAUAGUUGGUUGGCUCCCUGCUGUAUCACUUUUGUGAGUAUGUUUUCCUAUUGCACUAUACCUUCUGCAGUCUGUUUUUGUCUGCUGUUCUAUAUCUUUUGUAGCUAUUUUUAUUCCCUUCCAGAAGACUGUCUAUUUCCUGAAAGUCUAUACACAAGGAUGGUACAUCUGCCCUUAUCUGCCAUCUCCAAUUUAUUCCUCCAUAAUGUGUAACGUGCAAUGAUCAUUGGUAACAGAACAUUGUGCUACUAGAGUAAGCAUUCUGUGUGCAAUGGAUACGUAUCGAUUGUUUUUGUGCCAGGAAUUUAUUUAAUAUGUUGGGUCAAGCUGUAUAAUUUUUGGUUCCACGGUAGUAAUUGGAUUACUAUUCCAAGAAUCAUGUGAAUUGUAGUAUAACAGGAUUGGAGUACCAAGGUGAAAAAUACUUGGUCUUCGAUGUUAACAAAUGCCGAGAAGACUUUGACGUUUUUAAAAAAAAAAAGAAAAGAAAAGAAUCCUUAUGCUCCUUUUCCUCUCCCUCCCAAACUGCAGUGUUUCCCAUUUUUACUCCAUGACCUCCUGACAAUCAGGAUGCUAUGACUUUCUAGUUCAGCCAUAGGAUUUUCCAUUUAGGAAGCUGACGUUUGAACUACAACUCCCAGAAACGCAGUUACAUAAGACAAGCAUCCUGUUCUGUUUAGCUCUCGUUGGUGAAUAUCUUGAAUGUCUGUAGCAAUUGCAGUAACUC